AUUGAAACUUGAUAGACGUGGCAUGAGUAAUGCCAUCAAGGCAUCGUUGGUCCGUUUUGCUAUCACUUCCCCGCCUGUCUUCACCGGACCCAGAGGCUUCGAGUCAUCCAACUCAUUUGUUUUGACGUCUUGUUUGUUAAGUUCCUGAAGAACUCCGUGGCCCUCUCUUCCUCCACCAGUCUGCUGGUCGCCGCCAUGUCCUUUACUGUCACUCUCUCCCCUACCCCUCCGUUGUCCUUCCCUGGCUAUAUCAGUUCCCGUCAAAGAUUCGUCCUUCAAUCUCACUCUGACCAGAUCAUCAGGUCCCGUAUCAUUCCUCUCCGAGCUUCUGGAAGGAUCUCCGGCGGGGACAGUCUCCUGAAUGAUCCGCGCAAUUGGAGCCGUUCGAUCUCGUCAGAGUUUGAUUAUAACGACGAUGAGGUCGAAGAAGAUGACGAAGAUGAUGAAGAGGAUAGGAGUUUGGAUCUCUUAGUUAAGUUCGUUCAAAAUAUGUUCAAGAAGAUAUCUAGGAAAGCAAGGAAAGCCCUUAGAUCGGUUCUGCCAUUGUCAAUCUCUACAAAACUGGUGAGAUUUUCUGUCAACGGAGUUCUGGUGCUGGCGUCCUUGUGGAUUAUGAAGGCAUUUCUUGAGGUUGUUUGCACCCUUGGAACUGCAGUGUUCUUGAGCAUAUUACUUGUAAGAGGGAUAUGGUCUGGCUUGACCUAUCUACAAGAAAUCCGCAACCUUAAGAUUAUUGAUCUUGAUGAUGACCCCCGUGUGUGGACUGGUUCACAGCCUGCAAGUUGAUUGUUCACUCUAAAAGAAGAGUGUGCGACCAAAACACAAAACUUGAAUAACUGCAUUAUUACAAAAGGGAAGACUUGAAUAUAUGAAGUAUGAAAAGAUUGGCAUCAAAGAUUUUCAUCCCAUGCAGACGGGCACUGUUGCAGUUUAAAGUUUAAACUGAUGUCUUAGUUGGGUUACAGCUUCCUCAAUAAUACGUGGAACUGGUAACAAUGACUAAGAUACUACUGGAGAUCAAAGCACUGGGCUAGAAGCAAUGAAGAGCUUUUUGUCUGGGCACGAGCUAACCCCUUUAGACUCGCACUUGGCAAGGCACGCAUACUUUCUGUCACUAAUCUUGUUAUUGUACUAUAAGAGCUGAAAUUUUAGCAUAUCUUCUUGUUGUUUAACAUAUAUCUCAAUUAAUGUUCUGGAAUUUUAUUUUAAAUUCCUACUCAUUGUGGGAUGAACCCUAAAUCCUAAACUUUUAUUAGGUGAUCUUCCCUGUCU